ACAAUUCACAAAUAGACUCCAUAUUGUUGUUAUUUGUGAUUUGUGAAGUGAUAUUGAUAUUACAAGAAAUAUGUUCAGUUUUGUAGUUCUACAUCUUAUUGAUUAUUUUUAACAACUCAGUUGGUAAUAGUGAACGUCUCCUAUUAUGAGAAACAAUCAUUUUAUUAUUAUUUGCUAAUUAAUUUGUGAGAGAAGAUGAAGCCAAUUUUGUUUCGUUUCAUAUUAGUUUUUAUAGUCAAUUGCGUUGUGGGACAACAUAAUCAGAUAUGUGAAAACAGUACGACAGUCUCCCGUAGUUGUACAACACAGAUACUAGGAGAGGACUACAUUCACGAUGGUUCCUGCAAGGUUGAAGUUAUACCGCCGGACAGUGCACACUGCACCGAUAAUUUCGGGCCCAUAUCUUCGAACGCGCACAUUGGUGGAGUCAGCCUACGACCAUACCUACUCCCGGUGGAUUUUGAUAACUCUACAGUCAAAUAUUCGCUAAACCACGCUGUACUGAACAUCACUUUCAGCAAUAUAAAGUGGAAAACUAUGAAGUUCAGAUUCCAAAAGUAUAAAAGCACAGCAAUUGUAAGCUACUGUCGGAACAUCAUACUAUCAAAUGAUGUAACAUUCAAUGACCAAUCAGUGCUUUAUUACGACUGCUACUGGGCUCUCACUGAAGGCAACAAUAUUGGGCAGAGCCAUAUCCUCGACUUUGAAGCGACAAAUGAUGGUGUUGUCAACAGGGGACGCUAUUAUUUCAACAUGCCCUCUGCUGAUAUGUUAAGUCCUACAAUCACAGAAGUAGAUUGGAAACCAUUUGUUUACAUCGAGAUCUUCACGAGUACAAUGAGAUUACACAUUGUCCCACCACCCUUCCAACUUCACAUACCCGAAUAUAAAAUAGAAGUUAUGUGGGAGAAUGAAAACGGAACUGCUAAGUCGGAACUUGUAAAAGUAGCUAAUGUCAAGGUGAAGAACAGGACAAGUGAAGUCACAUAUGACUAUAGUAUGUUGAAGGACCCCGGGGCAUACUACUUCAAUGUACAGCCUAUGCAUGACUUGUGCAAAUUCAGGAAAGUUGACUGUAAGACUGUCAAAAGUCCGAAGAUCAAAAUAAGUAAAGAAGUCCAUGAGUCAUUUAACAUCUGCAUAGCCAGCAUCACAGCUUUGAUCGUAGCUACUCUGUUUGCUUACUACAUCGUGUUGCGUGUAAUAAGGCGAUACUGGUGUAAAGAAUAUGCCCAAGAGAUUCCACCGCCCACGAAGGUAUUGGUCGUUUACUCACCAGCAAAUCGUCUUCACGCGGAAUGUGUCGCCUCAUUUGUGACGUACCUACGAUCAGAAUAUGGCUUCGAGGUUAUGUAUGAUGGUGACAUAUCAAACACGGCUCAUGGAGACCCCUUCAUUUGGGCCCAGGAGGCUUUCAAUCUGGCCUCCCACGUCAUCUACAUCGUCGGGCCCAUGGAAAACACAAAUCUGUACAACAACAUAUACGACAAACCGAUUCUGGCACAUAAGGAUGUGGAUGUGAUGCUGCUUUCCCUGUUGAAAGGCAACAAAGUGUCUAAAUGUCCAAAAGAUGUCAUGAACGUAUUCUUCGAACAUUCGAACGGACCGAUACCGGUUGAAACUAAGCAUGAUAAGGUAUUCUUCCUCCUAAAGGACUGGCAGAAGCUGAUUGCGUAUUUGUCGAGGAAUCUCCUGCCGAAGAGGCAGUUGAUGCGUACUGAGAAAGGUAAGAAUUUAUUGGAUGACUUGACGCGGGCCAAGAAAUUGUUGAGUGGGAGGAAUGAUGACGUGAUUGUUAAAUGCGAUAUGAAUUCCAUUGAGAAGAAAGUCCUUUUGUAAAGAAAAUGAUGGAAUAGAAAUGGUAUACGAAACGCGCCAGUUGGGAAAAAAUGGCGUCAAUUUUCAUUGCCAUGGCACGGCAAAAAUUUUUGGCUCGAAAUUACGCGUACGUACGUUAUUAUGAAAUUAUGCGGCGCGUCUGUUUCUCGAAAAUGUUGAAAAAGCCCUUUUUUUAAGAGUUUUGUCAAGAGAUUAUGUUAAUGGAUUGCUAUUCAAAUUCAAUAUGGUAUUAUAUAAUUAUUGUUUAAUGCAGAGGUUACAAACCUUUUUACAAAUGAAUUCUUUGUGGUCGGAUAAACAUUUCAAUAACUGGUUCAUUAUAUCUGAACAUAUAUAUGUAUAAAAUUGUUAUCUACAUUUAUUAAGAAAUUAUAAGUGUUUAUAUCUUUAAUAUGGAGGCAGGGGAUAUCUGUUUAAGAGUUAUUUUUCUACAUAUACAAUAUGAUAUGAUACUUAUAAAAUUGUUGAUAAUAUAUAGACAUAAACUUGUGUCAUAUGUCAAUUGUGCGUU